AAUAGUCUUGGUCAUUGUUGUUAAACAUGGCGACUGCUGUUUCUCCUAAGGAUGUCAGUACAUAUUUCAAUCAAAUGCAAAAUGUCGCAGACAAAGAAGUGUCUGCGGAGUGGACACAGAUGGAGGAACUAUACAACAAAAAGCUUUGGCAUCAGUUGACACUUAAACUGGAAACUUUUGUGAAGCAUCCUACUUUACAAAAAGGAGAUAAUUUAGUACAAUUGUAUAACAAUUUUUUGUCUACAUUUGAGAAUAAGAUAAAUCCAUUGACGUUAGUUGAAAUACUGGCACAUGUUGUCCUGCAAUUUCAAGACAAGCAAGAAGCAGUUAAAUUCUUAGAAAAGGCUGAAACUAAAGUAAAAGGUAAUAAUGAAGCAGUCGCUCUGUGCAAAGUACUUACGGGGCAGAUCCUACUUGACAAACUCAAUGAUCAGGACAGAGCAAAGAAGAUCAUCGAAGAUGUUGAGGUGAUGCUUGACAAUGCCGAUGGCAUCACCACGGUACAUGGUAGAUUUUAUCUCUUAGCCAGUCGUCUAUAUAGACUACAAGGAAAACAUGCUGAAUAUUAUCGCACUGCUUUAAGGUAUUUGGGAUGUAUUGAUUUGAGUACUUUAACUAAGAAAGAACAAGAGCAGCAUGCAUUUUUCCUUGGACUAGCAGCUCUUCUUGGAGAUGGUGUUUACAAUCUCGGAGAGCUUCUGGCUCACCCUGUGUUACAAUCUCUAAAGGGUACACCUAACACCUGGCUCGUGGAUGUACUUCAGGCAUUUAAUGCUGGCGAUAUAGCAGCGUUAGAAAGAUUAAAACCGCAAUGGAGUAAAGUUGCUGAUUUGGCUGCUCAAGAAUUGAAAUUGAGACAAAAGAUAUCUUUAUUGUGUCUCAUGGAGAUGACGUUCAAGCGACAAGCCAACCAUCGCCAAUUGACCUUUGCUGAAAUUUCAAAAGAAACACGUUUACCAGUUAGUGAAGUUGAACUGCUUGUGAUGAAAGCACUGGCCCAGGGACUGAUCCGUGGAGCAAUUGACCAAGUUGCUGGCACUGUCAACAUGACCUGGGUUCAACCGCGAGUACUGGACCGCAGUCAAAUAUCCCGAAUGGUACAAAGAUUAGAUGGCUGGUGCAAGGAUAUAAACUCAAUGGAAAAUCUUCUCGAAUCAAGAGCCACUGAAAUUCUCACUCUUUAAUAGAGCUUGUGUUCAAAGCAAUAAAAAAUCCAUUUAUAAGCAGAAUCUUACCAUUCUACCAUUAAUCUCCAAACAGGAGAGAUAUAAAUGAAUGCUGCGUGACAUAAUAAAGGAUGAAGUUGUGGGAAAACACACUUCAAAGCCCAUUCGAGUCUCACAUGUUAUUGGGAAGUGGAAUAUUAAAUAAAAUUUUCAACGUUAAUACUA